UAAAUAACAGAACAUACCAGUUCCAGUCCAUGUUCAAGUGGGCGCUCCAAAAGGAAAACAAAAAUCGAGCACGCUAUGCUCAUGUCGAGCGACAGGCUCAUCCGGAUCAAGAUAUCCCGGAGAUACAGGAGGUGUAUGAUAUGUUGAGAGGACAUCCGGCUUCAGCGCCUACCUCGGAAGGUUUUCGAAACUACAUCAGAAUGUUGAGUGGCGUGCACAGACAGUAAGUUACUCAGCUAUGUCGAUAUAUACUGGAACACCGUGAUCAUCAUUUUGGCAUGAGUAUUCACUCUAGUUUUUUUUUUUUUUGAAAAAAAUAGCAUCCAUGAACAAUUUAACAAACAUUUCUUUCACCGGGAAACGUUACUCACUCUUUUUUCUGCGCGCAAAAGCGCAUUGGAGAAUCUUGCCAACAGAUUGAUAGGGUUGGAUCACCGUGACGAUGUAAGUAUCUUUCUGU